UUCCUCCCUUGCCGUUCUUCAUCCAUCACAUUCACAUCGGUCCAGGAAGAGUCUGAGGUGAAGCUAGAGGCAGAGAGAUCAGAGGCGGGAAGGAGCGGGAAGAGAGCAAGGGUCGGCCAUGGCGGGCCUGUUGGACAAGGCCAAGGGGUUCGUCGCCGACAAGAUCGCGCACAUGCCCAAGCCGGAGGCGUCGCUGGACAAGGUGAGCUUCAAGGGCAUGACCCGCGAGGCCAUCACGGUGCACAGCCACGUCAACGUCACCAACCCCUACUCCCACCGCAUCCCCAUCUGCGACAUCGCCUUCACCCUCAAGUGCGGCGGCAAGGAGGUGGCGAGCGGCACGAUCCCGGACCCGGGGUGGAUCGAGGACAGCGGCGAGGUGACCAAGCUGGAGGUGCCGGCCAAGGUGCCCUACGACUUCCUCAUCUCGCUCAUGAAGGACCUGGGCAGGGACUGGGACAUCGACUACGAGCUCCUCGUCAAGCUCACCAUCGACCUCCCCAUCAUCGGCAACUUCACCAUCCCGCUCCAGACCGCCGGCGAGUUCAAGCUGCCCACCCUCAGCGACUUCUUCGGCGGCUCCGCCAAGACAGAGGAGGCCACCGCCUAGACAUCAGAAGCUCCAUCUAGUAGCUUGCAGCUUGCUCUGCAUCCGCAUGCCUGUACUCUGUCUACGGUCGCCGCAAUAAUGAGAGCAAAUAUUUUCGGAUUUCUUUC